ACAGCUGACAGUAUAAAUAAACAUUUUUUGUAUUUAAUAGAGUCUGCCGGUUGUGUUGUGGCGUUAACUGUUCAAAUUAAUAAAAACGUUGUGGAAACAAAAGCGUUUCUAUAUUUUACUAGGAAUAUUUCUCGGCUGACGGCGUAAAAUAGAAACUUGAAAUUUCUUUAGUAGAUACGAGUUUCUUAAAGAAAAGUGAAAACUAAGUAGAAAUAUCAGUUGCGCCCCACAUUUUGCGGUGUAAAAAUGAAACCGUGGCUCAUUUUCUUUUUAACUUUAAAGAUUGCAACUGCUGAAUAUGUGCCGGUAGUGCUAUGGCAUGGAAUGGGAGACACAUGUUGUUUUUCAUUCAGUCUUGGAGGUUUCCAGAGGUUUUUGGAAGAACAACUAAAAGGUGUCUAUGUUCAUUCUCUGAGGAUCGGUAACUCAACUACGGAAGAUUUUGAAAAUGGAUACUUUAUGAAUCCAAAUCAUCAAAUUGAAUAUGCUUGCAAUCAGAUUGCUGGUGACCCUUACUUGAAAAAAGGAUUUAAUGCUAUUGGAUUUUCGCAGGGAGCCCAGUUUAUGCGAGGAUUAAUCCAAAGAUGUGGCCAUCUUCUGCCUCCAGUAAAAAACUUCAUUUCUCUGGGUGGGCAACAUCAGGGUGUAUACGGUCUCCCACAUUGCGGUGCCGUUUCACAUGCUACCUGCGAUUACUUUAGAAAACUUCUUAAUUAUGCCGCCUAUGUUGGUUGGGUUCAAAAGUAUCUAGUACAAGCGACGUACUGGCACGAUCCGCUAAAUGAAGCUCUUUAUAAGAACAACAGUAUUUUCCUAUCCGACAUAAACAACGAGAAAAGAGUACUAAAAGGCUACGUAAGGAAUCUGCAGAAAUUAGAACACUUUGUGAUGGUAAAAUUCGACAAUGACACUAUGGUUCAGCCUGUAGAGACCUCCUGGUUCGGAUUCUAUGCGCCGGGGCAGAGUAUAAAGCUGCAGAAUUUGCAGGAGUCGAAUAUUUACAAAAAGGAUCGUCUCGGUCUAAAACAGAUGGACAAAGAUGGGAAGCUGGUCUUCCUUCACACGGAAGGAGACCAUUUGCGGUUCACUGAUGGGUGGUUCAUCAAGAACAUUCUACAACCUUAUUUGAAUAUGACCAUUGAAUAACAUUGUAACAAGCAUUGGUUUUGUCUUACAGCGAGUUGUAGAAAAGACUUUUAAUUUUAAGGUGUCCAUAAUUAUAAUACUGUCCUUUGCUUUACUUUAGUAAUGAAACUAGAGACAGCGUGCUUGUUAAUGGAGCAUCAAUAUUUAUGAGCAUUUAUGCUCUCUUCAAGUUAUGAUUUCUGAAUUUCGUCAAAUGAAAUUGUAGUAGCACGCUAAAUUUAUAUAGAUUAAAAAUAACUCUAUGUCUGUUAAGAUAAGGUCUAUCCAAUUCCAAAGUGAUAAGCUGAGUGUACAGUUUUUAUGUAAAAUUUGUU